AUGAGUGUAGCUGUUGAUGAAUAUGGAAAUCCAUUUAUUAUUAUUCGUGAACAAGAUCAAAAACAACGUCUAAAGGGUAUAGAUGCCCACAAAGCAAAUAUACUGGCAGCAAAGUCAGUAGCAGAUAUAUUAAAAACUAGCCUAGGACCCAAAGGUAUGGAUAAGAUCAUAGUAAGUCCUGAUGGAGAAGUUGUUGUAACUAACGAUGGAGCUACUAUUUUAGAUAAGAUGCAGAUAAACAAUGAAUGUGGCAAAUUAUUAGUAGAACUAUCAAAAUCUCAAGAUGCUGAAAUUGGUGAUGGUACCACUGGUGUUGUAAUAUUAGCAGGUGCACUUUUAGAGCGAUCUAUUGAACUUCUAGAAAAAGGUAUACACCCGUUACGUAUUGCUAGUGGCUAUGAAUAUGCAUGUUCACUUGCCUUGAAAAGACUGGAAGAAAUAGCUGUAGAACACAAGAAUAUAUUUGAUAAAGAAAAUGAGCUAUUAUUGAGCUCUGCAAUGACAUCUUUGGGAUCAAAAGUUGUAAGUAGUAGAAAGGAGCAGUUUGCUGAGAUGGCAGUUGAAACUAUCUUAGCAGUAGCAGAUAUAGAGAGGAAGGACAUAAAUUUUGACUUAAUAAGUAUACAAGGAAAGGCAGGGGGUAGAUUGGAAGAAAGUAGAGUUGUUAAUGGUAUAGUUCUAGAUAAAGAGAUGAGCCAUCCUCAGAUGCAGAAGAAUAUUAUAAAUGCAAAACUGGCUCUACUUACAUGCCCUUUUGAACCUCCAAAACCUAAAACGAAGCAUAAGGUUGAUAUUAAAAUAGCAGAAGACUUUGAGAAGUUAUACAAUGCUGAACAACAGUACUUUAAGAAGAUGAUUGCUGCAGUUGAAUCUUCAGGAGCCAAUGUUGUUAUUUGUCAAUGGGGAUUUGAUGAUGAAGCUAAUCAUUUAUUAGCUCAGCAUAAGCUACCAGCUAUACGAUGGGUUGGCGGAGUUGAGUUGGAAUUGUUAGCUAUUGCAACUGGAGCUCAAAUUGUACCCAGAUUUGAAGACUUAGAAAGCUGUAAGUUGGGUAUAGCGAGUAGUGUAACAGAAGUAUCCUCUGGUACUGAUAAGGAUAAAAUGAUUCUUAUUGAAGGUUGUGGUAAGUCAAAAGCUGUGACAGUGCUAAUUAGAGGAGGUAACCAGAUGGUUGUAGAUGAGGCUAAACGAUGUAUAUACGAUGCACUUUGUGCUGUAAGAAACUUAAUUAGAGAUCCUAAGGUUGUCCCUGGUGGAGGAGCUUCUGAAAUUGCUUCUUUUAUAGCUAUACAGGAAGCUGUUGAUUCAAUCUCAUCAAUAGAGCAGUUUGCUGUAAGAGCUUUUGCUGAUGCACUGUUAUCUCUUCCUCAAGCCUUAGCUGAUAAUUGUGGAUUAGAUGCUAUUUCAGUCGUUGGUGAAGCUCAAAGGAGACAAAUUACUGAGAAAAAUAACUUCUUAGGUAUUGAUUGCAAUGAUUUUACUGUUGCAAAUAUGAUGAAUAGGAAUAUUAUUGAAUCACUAGCUUCAAAACAGCACCAGUUAGCUCUUGCUACACAAGCAGUAAAGAUGAUACUUAAAAUAGAUGAUGUUAUAACACCAUCAGAGUUACUUUAA